CGCUCGGAGCCACGUCCCGCCCCGGCCCCUGCGCGCGGCGGAGUUGGCAGCUGAGCGGUGCGGGCCUGGGUGUGGCCGGCGGAUUUGGGCGGCACUGGUCUCAGCGGUGCUCUGUGCUCUGCACGCCAGCUUUGCGCGCGUGUGGCUGCUGAGCACCCGGUGGACUCAGGCAGCACCAGGUCGACCGGGGCCGGAGCUUACUCCAGUUGUUUUGUGUUGUUACUUUCGGAGUAAAUAAAUUAAAAAAAUGAGUGAACUGGAACAGCUGAGGCAGGAAGCUGAACAGCUACGGAAUCAGAUCCAGGAUGCAAGGAAAGCUUGUAAUGAUGCAACACUUGUUCAGAUCACAUCAAAUGUGGAUUCAGUGGGUCGGGUACAAAUGCGAACAAGACGCACACUGAGAGGGCACCUCGCCAAAAUCUACGCUAUGCACUGGGGAUAUGAUUCAAGGCUACUAGUCAGUGCUUCUCAAGAUGGAAAAUUAAUUAUUUGGGAUAGCUAUACAACAAAUAAGAUGCAUGCUAUUCCUUUGAGGUCCUCCUGGGUGAUGACCUGUGCCUAUGCCCCCUCUGGUAAUUUUGUCGCCUGUGGAGGACUGGACAACAUCUGUUCUAUAUAUAACUUAAAGACCAGAGAGGGGAAUGUGAGAGUUAGCCGAGAGUUACCCGGUCAUAUAGGCUACUUGUCCUGCUGUCGUUUCUUAGAUGACAGCCAAAUUGUUACCAGUUCAGGAGAUACAAAUUGUGCUUUAUGGGACAUCGAAACUGCCCAGCAGACCACCACGUUCACUGGCCAUUCUGGAGAUGUGAUGAGCCUCUCUCUGAGUCCUGACAUGAGGACUUUUGUUUCUGGCGCUUGCGAUGCCUCCUCCAAGUUAUGGGAUAUUCGAGAUGGAAUGUGUAGACAGUCUUUCUCUGGACAUGUGUCAGAUAUUAAUGCUGUCAGUUUUUUUCCAAGUGGAUAUGCCUUUGCCACUGGCUCUGAUGAUGCCACUUGCCGUCUCUUUGACCUGCGUGCAGACCAAGAGUUAUUAAUGUAUUUUCAUGACAACAUUAUCUGUGGAAUCACCUCCGUAGCCUUCUCGAAAAGUGGGCGCCUCCUGUUAGCUGGUUAUGAUGACUUUAAUUGUAACGUGUGGGACACACUAAAAGGAGAUCGUGCAGGUGUUCUUGCUGGUCAUGACAACCGUGUCAGCUGUUUGGGUGUAACCGACGAUGGCAUGGCUGUGGCAACAGGCUCUUGGGACAGUUUUCUUAGAAUCUGGAAUUAACAGUGCAUACAAGUUUUCUGUUCUCUGUUGUUAUCUAGAGAAAUCAGUGCUGCAGCCUAUAGCUGUGAAAAAAAAUUCUACCUUAUAUUUGCAGUUGAAGAUUUUUCUAUUGAGAUUAUUAUAUACAAAAAGAAGCUUUCAGUAAACUACAAAACAGAAAAAAUGAUGAAAAAAACAAGGCAAAGGUGCUUGCUGAAUCAAAAGGACCAGUGUAUUGAGUUGAGCUAAUUUAACCUUGAUGAAAUUUUGCUUUUACUAUUUGUUUCCUUGUGUAGAACAAAAUGUACCCAGUAUAGCAAGCUCUCAUGUUUGUGUUUGCAUUUUUUAAGAACUAUGUUUUUAACUUUGUAUACAUCAGAAAUGUCACAUUUUUUAGUUUUGUAAUGGAGGAACCAGGCACAGUAAUAGAAGUAAUCCCUUAUGUGUGUGUCCUUAUUUUUGAAGAAAGUCUCCUUGAAUUCAAGCGACCUCCUGGUUGCUUCAAGUAUUAAGAAUGCUGACAGGGUAGGUACCUGAGGGGAGUCCUUUUCAAUAUCAUUAGUUUCUGGUGCAUCUUUUGCCAUCCUAUCAAUUUAAGUGCUCAAUUUUCAUCCCUUUGAGGGGAAGAUAGAUCUGAAGGCUAGGGAAGAGAGAUUUCCCUAUGAAACUUUAGACAUAUAUAAGAAACUUUAUUAAUAGGUAAACAACAGUAAUCACAUAUAAAUGGUUCUUGGCAUUUUAAAAAGAUUAUGAUCAAAUGACACUUUGAGUAAUCCUCUAAAUAGUAAGACUUUACUAUUGAUUCAUAUUCAAGAAUUGAGUUUGUAGUUCACUCAUUAUUCUAGAACAUUGACGAAUGUUUUCAUUGUUGUUGCAUCUGAAGAAUUUUACCCAACGCUCUCCAUCAGUAUGUGUCUAAAUCUAAGGAAACAUGAUGGCAUUACUUUUUUGAAAGUGUAAAAUCUAACCAGUCAUUAGACCUGCAUAUAGUUGUGACAAGGUGACUUUAUGAAUUUAUAUUCUCUGAAAACCUGACCUGAUGUAAACUGUCUGUGCCUUCAGAGUUUGAGGAGGAAACAUUGCAGCUCUGUUCUUCUGUGACUUUUCUUCCCUUAAAACAAAAUACUGGUUUCUAAGUGGUGCCGCUAUGCUUCAGUAAAUGCAUAGAUUCAAGUGAGUCCAUUUUAAAGCCAAAAGAAAAAUUCAAAGAGCAGUUCUUAAAGGAAUCAGAGGUAAAUACUAAGCAAUUCAUUCCUCUGCUUGUCAAUGGUGUAAUAAUGUGUUGUCUGUUACUAGAGUGGGCCCUCCUGGAUUUAAACAGAUACUUUCCCCCUUGGAUUUUCUCCUACAAAUAAAUCUAAAUGAUUGACAAUGGAAGAUUGUUAGUCUUGCUUCAUGGUGCACUGUGUUUUGUUAACUCAGUCAACUGUGUCAGCUACUGUUGAGAUAGGUUACCUGAAAUCCUAAAUAUUUCCAAAUUUUACAUGUCAGUUUUCAUUUUUAUAUUGUGAAUGUGCUAAUAUGUAUACCAACUAUAAUGAAGUCAGUUUUAACAUCAUUGAUAUUAAAAAGAGAAUAAAAUGAAUAACGGAAGAUGAAGAUAGGGGGCCAAAGUAACAGACUUAUAGAUUGGCAGGCAUGAAUAUAUUUAUACACACAUUUUUAUGAACUCUAUCCUGUUAAUGUUUGUGGGCUAUUUAUAUCACUUCAUAUACAGCUUUUUAAGAUUAGGCAAGAGUAUUUUAAAGGAAUGUAUUCAUUUCUAAAAGGGGGUGAGGAUUUGCCAUGUGGGUCAGCAAUUCAUUCCUAAAUCCUAGUCAAGAAAACACUUCUGCCAUGUGCAAAAUAGAGUAUUCCCCUCUACUUUGAAAGUUAUUCUAGGAACAAAAAACUUUAGUCAGAGAGGCACACAGACUAUAAUUCUAUGAUCUUAAAUAUGCUGAUAAAAAUGAUUUAAUGUUACUAGUUUCUAUGCAUAGUUUAAAAGCAAUUCCCAUAAUUAGUUAUGUGUUAGGCAACUGGAACCUACCCAAGAUUGUGGCUAACUGUACAUAUGGCCAAACGAUGACCUCAUUACCGCAUUAACUUACUAGUUAAACCUUUGCUUUCUAGUAAUAUGGGUUCCACUUACUAAAUAUUUUCACUUGCAGUUUGAAUUCAGCUGAUUGUCUACUUAAUUCUGUUGUUUUAAUGAGAUUUCCUGAAAUCAAAAAGAAUGAUAUAUAAUUUAUAGAAACUGUAUAGUUUGAAUCUUGGUUUUAGAAGACUUAAAAAAAUAUGACCAAAUGUAGUUUGAAGGAAUUUGUAUCAAGAAUAUUGCAGUUAUCUGAGGCCUAUUAAUCUUUCUUUUACCUUGUAAGAAACAGGUUUUACUUGUGGACUUUGUAAUCACUUCAUAAAAAGUAGUUUUUAAAGAUCUGAUAAGAAUAUUUUAAAGGCAUAUAUUCUUUUCUAAACUUAAUAGUAACCUGCCAUGUGUUUAACCAAAUCAUCCCAAAACCUGCUAAGAAAAGCACUUCUUGCUCCCAUGAGCUAGGUCCCUCCCUAGCUCACAUUUCUAUACCUGUAAUUCCAGGGUUACACACACCAUGAGUUCCAUCUUCAUAGAGGCAAACAUUUGGGCUUAAUAUUUCAAAUACAAGAGAUACUACCUGGCAGUUCUCCUUAAUUUAGAUUCAGCCGAACUGAUUAACACUGAUUAAUCAUAGAGCUAGUCUCCUAGACAUAACGGAUAUAGGGGCUUCUGGAAUAUGUGGUAGACAGUUUUACUCUAUUAAAAGAGAAAUGGAUCUUCACUUUUCCAGGUGAUAAAAUGAAACUUUUAUUAUUUAAAAAAAUACUGUGCAAUAUUAUAUAACAGACCUCCUGUGUUCUUAGAUUUAAUAUUAAAUUAAGAUUGUCCAUUUUAAAAGUGAAGAAAAGCUUCAGGAAGUUUAUAUUUUUAACAAUGAUGUCUCAUAUUUAAAACUGUAGCAAAAUUGAACACUUGUGGCUUAUUUGUUGAUGUAUUUAAACUUACGGAAACUGAUUAAACAAUCUCCCAAGAGCCAAACAUUAUUUUAAUCAUGAAGAUUUUCUUUCUAGAAACUUUAUAGUGUGAGUCAGGAUUAA